AUGUCCGAAAAAGACAUUCAUCCAAAUAAUUUCAACGAACUGCGAAGUAUCUUUAAAUACGAUAUUGACAUAUACAAUGCAUUAUAUCAGCUGAAAACAGAAAAUGAAGAAGAUUUAAAAGACAUUUACAAACUGAUCAAAACAGAAUUGAUUGAUUCAAAGAAAUACCCACCCAAAAAGAUUAUGGAAGACAUAUUAUAUAUCAUUCCGUAUAAUAAUCGCUAUAAAAAGUCAUAUUUAUCUCUUGUCAAACUCAUAUCUGAUGAAUAUCAUGUGGAAGAGGUCAACAAUACUCAACCUAUUUCAAUCUUCCUGUUUUACAAAGAAUAUGGAAUUAAAUUAGACAAAUCUGCCGAUUUUGAACAAAUUAACUCAGAAAAUCUUGAUUUUCAAACAGGAGAUACAAUUUACAGAGCAAUUAUGUAUAAUGACCUUGAAAGAUUCAUAUACUUCACGGAAAGAGAUGGAUUUGAUGAAUAUCAAAUGCUUGAAAGCAAUUUAGAUAAAUAUUCUAAAGAAGAAUAUUCAUUACUUGAAUUAUGUUGUUACUACGGCGCAGUUGAUUGUUUCAAGCUAUUAAUAUCUAAAUAUAAGUCAUUAGUAACUCACAACUGUCUAAAAUAUUCAUUUUUAGGCGGAAAUCCAGAAAUCUUGAGUGAAUGUUUGAAAUAUCAAACACCAGAUGAAGGAUGCAUGAUAUAUGCAAUUAUUUCACAUAACAUUGAUUUUGUUACAUUCUUGAUGAAUGAGCACAAAUUAGAGAUUAAUUUAUAUGAUUGUGCACAUCAUAAUAAUCUUGAAGCAUUAUUCGUUUAUUUCGAUAAAACUAAUGAUAUUAACAAAUGCUUUAUUAUAUCUCCAAUGUUAAAUAUUCCAUCUCUUUGCGAAUAUUUCUUAUCACAUGGUGCGAAUAUCAAUGAAAAAAAUGAAAAUGGACAAACCGCUCUUGAUAUUGCAGCAGAAACUAGUAGUAAAGAAAUAGUUGAGCUUCUUAUUUCACAUGGUGCAAAUAUCAAUGAAAAAAAUGAUUUUGGAGAAACUACUCUUCAUACUGCAGUAAAAGAUUCUAGAAAAGAAAUAGCCGAGAUCCUUAUUUCACAUGGUGCAAAUAUCAACGAAAAAAAUUUUAGAGGAAGAACCGCUCUUCAUGUUGCAGCACUUAAUAAAAGUAAAGAAAUAGCCGAACUUCUUAUUUGA